CAUGUUCGGGUCCUGCACUUUUUCAAUGAUCGCCUUCUGCAAAUCGGUGUCGCUCUUUUCAAUAGUGGCGCUCAGCUUCUCCGCGUACUGGAUCCACACGCAAUUCACGCAGCCGGACAUGCAACAAUUCGUGGGCUCCGAUAAGUCGUCGAUCGACGAGGAAUCUUCAUUUUCCUUUUUCUCCGUGUUCUUCUCGCACGAUGACGUUUCCCCUGUGUCGCGGACGCACUUCCUACACGUGGAAAAUAUUUGUCGACAGUUGCACGAUUGAUUUCUAGUAAUUAACCGAGCUAAAUUCAUCGUUGCAUUGGUUCCACUUUGAUGAUGCACCUAGCUGGGAAAAGAAGUUGCACACGCGUAAUAACGAAAGUGUACGAUUAGCUAAUUCGUAUGAUUAAUGAUCACGUUGCAGAUCUUUUGAUCUAUCCGAUGAAAAAAAAUAGCGAUGAUUUAUGAAACGAGAGUUGUCCUCUAACCUCCUUGAUUACUGCAGAUAUAACUUGAUAUCGACUUGAGUCGGACCUUUCUAGAUGUCUCUAGUUGUAACAUGUUUCACUGAGAUAUAUAUUUAUAUAUUAUUUUUAACGGUAUAUUCAUUCCUUUUUAUAACUUUGGUGCAUUGAAAUUAAUUUUAUGUAUUUGGUAUGUUAUAUGUUUAAAUACUCGUAAGUGAAGUACUCUUUUUGCGCGUGCAUCAUUUGAGAUCAUUGGGAGGACGGUUUUGGGCGGGGAUAAUUUAAAAAGUAUGAAUUUUUGUUGAGGAAGAUAUAGGGAACAUUAGAGCAUUUAAUUAAUUAAUUAGAAUUCGGAGCGAUAGUUGAGUGAGAGAUGUUGAGUGAAGUUGGCUGCGUUUGGUGAGCUUUGAUUUGAAUUGGAGCGCGCCACUGUCAGGAGAGUUCAAGCUGACAGCAGACGUCGACCACGUGAGACGUGCGCGUUGUUUGUUUUUGGAAAAUGGGUAGGAAAAUUCCCGGGAAAAAGCAUCGGGGGGUGAAGGACCCUUUUAAGCAACACGCGAGGCGUCAAGCUGAGUUAGAAACGAAGAUAAACGCUCCGCCAAAAGAUGUAGAAGAGCAAAAGGUACCCAAAAGUUUAGAGAGGGUAGUGAAACUGAAAGAAGCGGUGAAGUCUGGUAAAAUAGGUAAACUGAAAAAGAGGAGAAAGAAGAAGAAGGCACUAAUAACGGUAGGGGAUGUUCCAAAGCCUUUACACCCAAAAUCAAGACCGGAGAAGGUUGUUCCUAUCUUCCAGCAAAAGCAGGGUGAAAGUAAGGAACAUUUCCUGAAUAGAGUCAAUAGAGACACUCAUAAUUUUAUUCAAGAGACUGCGUUCGAGACAAAAUAUGGAGUCCAAGUAAAUAGAAAUCCAGAAACAGGAAAUAUUGAGGGGCUAACAAAAUGUAGUAUGAAUGAAAUAGAUAAAAUUGAAAUGUUAAGAGCGAAACAUAAGAAUAUUAAGAAGAAGAAAAAAAAGAAGGGUACAGUUGAAGUUAAGAUGACAAAAAGUCAAAAGAAGAGGGAAAAAUUAAAGUUGAGAAAGGAAAAGAGAAAACUAGAGGAUGUGAACGACUUUGAGAAUAUCAAAGAUGAAGUAGAGUUUGGUGAAGUUGUUCAUGAACCACCGCAAAUAAAAAUUAGACCUAAGGCAGCUGACACUGCUAUCAGUGCAAAGCCUGGGAAGAAGGAUCUUCUACUACAUUCAUUGGUCACAAAUGGAGGGCAGACCAAAGUGGGUUCCAAGAAGGGAGUGUCUACAGACAAAUCUGGCAAACUUCGGAAUUUACCGAUUGGACAAAGAAGACAGAUAGAGAAAGAUCAAAAUGAUGUCAUAGAAGCAUACAAGAGGCUGAAAGCUCAACGAUCUGCUGGCAUCAACUAGGCUGGGAAAACGAACGGAGAUCUCGAUCGGCGCGGAUCAACGAUCGAGCGGAGAAGCCAGGACACCGAGGACAGGACGUCACGGGGAAUGUUGAGAGUGGUGAAGAUGAUUCUCUACUAACAGUGUGGAUAUUAACCGAGUGUUGAAGCGAGAGCCGCAUUAACGUGUUAUUAACGUCAUGUAACAAACAGCCGCGGCAGUGAUCAUGGAGAACGCAUGCAGCUCGACUCGGAGCGAUCCGGGAGCAGCUAAUGACGCUGGCGUAGCGGAGUCGAAAGGCUGACAGCACCCGAAGAUUCCGGAAGUGACGGUGAACCGUGUGCGAUACGUGUUAGCGUAGUUCGCGCAGCAAUCGGUUAGUGACUCAGUUGACGAGACUUCGUUCAAAACGUCGGCUCUCGCGAUACCGUGGUCGAGCCGUGCGGUCCGCGAUCGAUACGCCGAGGUCCCGUGGAAUUUCCUUGGCAGAAGGAACUCUGGACGAGAGG